AUGUACAACCGAGCAGGAAUUUCAACCCCAAGAGGGUCUGGGAGCAAUGGCUAUAUCCAAUCCAACAGAUUCUUUCUCAAACCAAAAUCUUCACAAUUUAAUCCCCAUCUCAAUCGAUCCCAUCCACAUCGGGAUACUUGUGGCUUCAUCCGAAAGCCCAAGAUCGACAUUCUUGAUCAUAACCGCAGGCGAAAAAAACAUGUGAAGCUGCUUGAACUUGAAGACAAGCUUUCAGAACAAGGCUAUUCUGAAUCUGAAAUUGCAGAGAUCCUUGCAGGAGCUAUAAAGAAAUUGAAAGUCUCUGUAGCUGCUGAUUGA